CUUAUUUUUAACCUUGCUUCAAAACGCUCUUCAAAUGCAACACUAAUUACCAAAGCCGGUUUCAGCAUACACUUAUUUUAGAAACAGAAACACUAUGGUAAGAGGAGGACGUGGUGGAAUGCUCAGAGGUGGAAGAGGUGGUAUGGGACGUGGCAUGGGAUUUCCUAGGAAACAAUUUCUACCACGGCAUCCAUUUGAUUAUACAUUGUGCGAAGUAGCAUUUCCUCGUGUUAAAGCCGCCCCAGAUGAGUCUGAUCUUCAAUCUGCUCUUGUGAAAAAGAAUACGGACAUGUGUCCGACUCAGAAAGAGCAAACUUCUAUUUUAAAUUUGGUUACAAAAUUGCAAAGUGUUUUGGACAAUUUAAUUGUUGCUCCUGGAACUUUCGAAGCAUGUCAAUUAGAAGAAGUGAGACAAGUUGGUAGUUUUAAAAAAGGAACGAUGAUCAAAGGUCAUAAUAUUGCUGAUAUUGUUGUAAUUCUUAAAACACUUCCAACUAAGACAGCGGUUGAAGCACUAGGAACAAAAGUCAACACUGAUCUUAAGACUGGAAAUCCCAAAGAAGUUUUCAGGCUUGUACAGACGGAACGUGGAUUUGAUAUCUCAAAUAACGAAGCUACCGUAAGAGUAUUAAUUACAACCUUACACCAAAAUUUACGUAAAUUGGAAUCAGAUCAACAUUUAGAUGUACAAAUCUGUCAAGGACACUUGGCAGCAAUUCGACACUCUCGCUGGUUCGAGGAAAACGCUCAUCAUUCUAGUAUUAAAGUUCUGAUUAGAUUACUGCGUGAUCUCAGAAGUAGGUUUGAAGGACUAGAACCAUUGUCACCAUGGAUGUUGGAUUUACUUGCGCAUAAUGCAAUAAUGAAUAAUCCAAGUAGACAGGCAUUGCCAAUAAAUCAAGCUUAUAAGAGAGUUCUUCAAUUAUUAUCUUCAGGAUUAUUUCUUCCAGGAUCUGCUGGUAUUUCAGAUCCUUGCGAAGGUGGCAAUAUUCGUGUUCAUACUGCGAUGACUUUGGAACAGCAGGAUUUAGUGUGUUUGACUGCUCAAACCUUAUUACGUGUUUUAGCUCAUGGUGGUUAUAGGCCACUUCUGGAGGGUACUAACAAACUAGCCGUUGAAAUGAGUGUAUGGGCAGGUGGUGUUGUCGCUAGUCCUUUAGACAAAGCUUACGAACCUCCUACAGAACAAGAACAACAAGAAGAUAUGGAAGAAAGUAACGAAGAAAUGAUUACAGAAAAUGCGUAACUUCAAUGAUUGAUUAUAACUUUCAUUAUAAGACGUAAAAAAGCACUUAUCUAUGUCAUCAAAAAAAAAAAAUCUGUGUUUAUUAAUAUAACGUAUUAUACAUUUAUCAAAAGUAAUAAGUUUUUCUUUUGUAUCGACGACGAAUACUUCAAAGAUUUAUUUUAUAACGACAAUGGCAUCAUAAUCAAUUGUAAAUCCCAUUCUUAUUAGAAUUAUAUGUAUUAUUUCUAGAUUGAUAAUGGUCAUAUCAUUUUUGACCUAUAAAAUAAAAGUCUUUAAAUUUAAUCUACAAAAUAUUUUGUUACGUUAAAUAUAAUAUCAUAUUUAUUGUUUUGAUAUGUAACAAUGACACGAAAAUUUCAAGUCUUUCGUUAACUUUUAGAUUAAUGUAUCUUCUCUUUAUAUAGGUUUAUAUUUUUGUAUCAAUAUUAUUACGAUGACGAAUUCACUAAUUUGCUAAAAAGAUACGAAAUUUUCUAAGAUUUAAGAUAUAGAAGACAAUCUUAGAAAAAUGAUAUGACAUUAUUUGUUCAGCUCAAAUAUUUGGUGUAUAUCGAGCGUUCCGUCGUAGAAAUAAGCAUCUAAAGAAGUUUGAAAUAAUA